AUGAGUUGGCCUCCCCGCGUAACGGUCGAGGAUGCGGUUGACGAGACGCCCUGGGCGCUGCUUGGGGAAGCCCCACACGGCGAGAGCCAUGACCCCUGGCAGGACCACCACAAUGACGUCGAGCCGAAUUCCCCAACUCCCUUCACUUCGCGACCGCGUCCCAACUUCAUUCUUUACCCAGCCGGACCCGCGACGCCCGCGAACCCAAUCCCCAGGAGGAACUUCCCACCUCUGUACCAGACCCAGGCUCAGGCCCAGGCCCAGGCCCAUGCAUUUCACGCUCUAAACACGGGGACCUCCUUCCUUUUAUCCUCGCCCUCGUCUUCGUCUCCCGCCGAGACCCUCAAUCAGCCUGAGGUCCCGCUUUCUCACCGGUCACGCCUCGCCCGCCACCAGUGUCUGCUGGCGGCGCGCAGGACCAUGGACUACUUCAACGACGGCGUCGAGUACGUGAGGGGCACGUACAAUGCGACUGUCGACACGACCAGCGCCGUCUACAAUGCCGCAACCUCCAAGACGGCGCAGCGCACGUUGCUGACCACAGUGCUGUUCGCCUUCCUCUCGUCCAUCUUGUUCGGCUUCGCCUGUGUGGGAUACCUGGCGUUCUAUCACGAGUACUUGCCCGAUCAGGUCAUGACCGUGCCUGUGCACCUACAGUAUGGAUACGAGCUCAAUCCCUACGGCGUAGCCUCCCUCUCCAGAGCAAACUUCAAAGACUACCAAGACUACGACAUCACCGUUACGCUGAAACUGCCCAACUCACCCACCAACCUUGGCCGCGGCAAUUUCAUGCUCGCGCUGUACCUCCUCGACGACGCCCAGAACCCGGCUAGCAAGAUUAUGUCGACCGUGACAGGGGCCGUCCCGGCGCCGCAGAGCGUCCUCAACGACAAGAACAUACUCUUCAGAUCCACGCGGCCAGCCAUCAUGCCGUACACCGACCCGCUGGUCUCCCUCGCGAAACGCCUGCUCCUUCUGGGCUACCACGUCUUCAUCCCCGCGUCCGAGACCACAAAGUUGGUGGUACCCAUGGUCGAGCGGCUCGAGUUCCGCCCGGGCAAGAUGAUGCCCACGAGCCUGGUUCUGGACGUGCAGGCGGGUCAGAGCCUACAGGUGUACGACGUGCUCGUGACCGUCACGGCGCAGCUGGGAGGCCUGCGCUGGUUCAUGCACAGGUGGUGGAUCACCAGCUUCGUGCUGUUCACCUCGCUGUUCUGGGUGUUGGAGGUGGUCUCCCUCGCCUCCACGGCCGUCGCCGCCAAGGUCCUCUGGAGCGUCUGCUUCGGAGGCGGCAGGGGUGGUGCGGGGGCCCGGCCGGGCCUGAUAAAGGAGGAGCAAGGGCGCAACCCGAGGAUCAAGCAGGAGGGCCACAGCCACGGCAAAGCGCUCGACGACGUGCCCAUGACGUUCCCUACUUCCUCGCAGCAGCCGCCUCUGCGCUAUGACCCGGAGCCGGGGCACACUGACGGCGUCGAGGGUGGUGUCCCUCCGCAGCAGCCGCAGGCCGAUAUUGGCGGCGAGGCUGACGUUGAGGACGAGGAGGCGGGUGAUGAUUACAGGGGAGAGGAUCCGCAGGGGCGGGACUCGGGCAUCGGAACUAGUUUCAGCGAAAGGGACGGCCCUGGGAGCAUGAGGAGAAGGACCUCGCAGCGGAGGAUGUCUGGGAACUGA